CCAAGCAUCGCCAGCACAGAGAAAAAAAAGUGAGCUGCUCCAGUCACAGCCGGUGUGUAGAGAGUCGGUCUUAUCCACAUUUUUUAUAUUAUUGCAAAAACCACUACCAACAUGGAAAAACGAAUUGAAUUAGAAAAAAGAGGAAGGAAUCCCGAUCAGAUCACAGAAUUAAAUCUUGAUAAUUGCCGGAGUACUACGAUUGUCGGUUUAACAGACGAGUUUGUCGGUCUUGAAGCUCUCAGUCUUAUCAAUGUGGGUCUCACCAGCCUCAAAGGCUUCCCAAAACUUCCAAAUCUACGAAGGUUGGAAUUGAGUGACAAUAGGAUCUCUGGUGGUUUAAAUGCUCUCAGUAGCAGCACAAAACUAACAUCGCUUAACCUCAGUGGUAAUAAAAUCAAAGAUCUGGAUACUCUGGAGCCUCUCAAAGAAUUCAAGAUGCUGCGAUCCUUAGACUUGUUUAACUGUGAUGUCACAACCAGAGAAGACUACAGGGAGAAAGUAUUCCAGUUUCUGCCAUCAUUAAAAUACCUUGACGGUUAUGACUGCGACGACAGAGAGGCAGAAGACGAUGAACUCAACGGCAAUGACGAAGAUGAGGAAAGUGGUGAAGAAGCACCUGACAAUGAUGAAGAUGAAGGAGUAGAAGAUGAAGGGGGAGAUGAAGGUGAAGAGGAAGAUGAGGGAGAAGAGGAUGUAGGCUUGGAUGCCAUUUACAAAGACAACUUGGAUGAGGAAAGUGAAGGAGAAGAUUAUGAAGGGGCUGGAGAUGACAGUGAUGAAGAUUUAGAAGAAGAAGAGGAUGAUGGUGAAGAAGUAGAGGAAGAAGAAUCGCCAGCACGAGGGAAGAAACGAAAAAUGGAAGACUGACUGGAGAGAUAAGUCUGCCCAACCUUUCUAUUUCAUUGCUGAGAAAUUUUGAAAAAGUGUUAAUGCUAAAAAAAGAAAAAGACAAAAAAGAAAUGCCAAGAAAAGUUUGUUUGAAUGUAUCCACUCUUUGAUUGACCACUAUAACUGGACUUGCAGAGGUUUAUGUGAAGCAAUUGGCAUGUUAAAUCCACUCGGGAGAUUGCGAUCGUGAUGCAGUACAAUUAAGCGUCCUUAUUCUCAUGUUGUGUACACUGUAAGGAUUGAGCUUUCCCUGUUUUCCCCUUUUCCUUCAACCUUUCCCUACGUCUUUUAUUCCAGGAUUUUUUUAUUUUGAUAAUGCGGAAAUGCUGCUGUUGCCAUUGUUCACGUUAUUUUCUGAAAGAAAAGCGCGCCACCUCCACUCUUUCCUCCGCAGUUAAGCUACAAACUCAUUUCGAGUUUCACCUUAUUCACCACCAACCUCAUACCCGUAAUUGCGUCGUCUUAUUGGAAUGUGUCUUCGAGAAAUGGUAAUUCAAACUUUAUGAUGAAUAUGACUAGAUAUGACGAACGUUUUCCUUCUGUUUCGGCAACCAAAAGUGUGGAGCAUUUUCAAUACAUGUUUUCCCAUUUA